AAGAUAUACCUGAAACAAUUAAAGAAAGAAUAGGAGCAGUAUUCAAUAGAUUACCUGCAAAUAAUCCUAACCUAACAGAACAACAAAGAACUGAUAUUGAUUAUUGGCCAACUGACCAAACACUGUUGAUAUUACAUAUUGAAGAACUAAUUGAACAAACAGAUAUUUG